GCUAUCACCGAGAGUUCUUGGCAUGCAUCGGCUGAGGAGAGUCAAGAGCAGGACAACGCGCUAGAGGUGAGUGAGGAGGAGAUCUCGCAUCGCACAAAGCGCUGGACAUCAAAAGAAGCUUCAAAUUCCGGAUCGAUGCUGUCCAUUACCCUCAAGGAUGACAGCUUGAUGCGAGCGACACACAUCGGGCACGUCUUAACCGGGUGUGGAAGAUACUUGAAAGCAAUGAGCCUCCAGGACCAUGCGCUGACAGUGGACAAAGCAGAGGCGAUGUUCGUCAAGUCCCGCGAAGUUUCCGAAAUCGACUACUUUAUUAGUCACUGCUGGAUGGAUGGGAGACUGUCUAAGGUUUGCGCGCUGUGGAUCCAUAGCAAUCUGGCAGGCGCGUUUUUCUGUUCCGCCUGCAUAGCCAUUCCUGCUGCCUCUCUGAGAGCAGCUGGCAUCCUACCAGUAAACCCGAACCGUCACGUGACGGAAGUCAACUCGGUACCAUAUGCUCUGACCACCGGCAGCAUCGCCUUCCUCUGUGGGCUAGCUUUCUGGCAUCACGUGCCUGUGGCGUUGGGACGCAGGCAUAGGUACUUCUUCGACAAGUUCUGCGUACACCAAGCUGAUCCCGAGAUAAAGAAGAAAGCUGUGGCAUCCUUUGGGGCCUUCGUGCUUCAUUCGAGGCGCUUGCUCUUGCUUUGGAGUCCGACCUACUUUACGAGGCUUUGGUGCACACUGGAGAUUGCCGCUCUCUGCAAGGGGACGAGCGGGGACGACACUGAAGAUUACAAGUUGCCAUUGGACUUCCUACCGCUUCGACUCGCGAAGGUGAGCUGCUCCGCCUGGCUGGUCUUCACCUGCAUCUAUUGGUUCUUGCAAAUUUGGAGGUUGAUGCACUUUGUGAACACAAGCUACAUUGACCUUGCCGUUCU